AUGGGCUCGUGCACCAGCUGCCCCGACGCGGCACAGGAAGUCGCCGCGAAGGCGCCGCCCGGCUGGCGCGGGCGACUGCGAAGGGCGAGUCAAAGAAAGCAGCGCGCCGCGGGCGGGGGCCACGAGCACGCGGAGGGCGCCAGCGAGGCCGUGGGUCCGCCGUGCGCCUUUUUUUCAUGGGAAACGGAGCCGCUGCUCUUUGACCCGGCCUCCGCCCCUCUGUUUCGCGGCAAAUACGGCGAGGAGGCGCUGAAGGAGGCCGGGCGGUUGCGGGCGGCGGCGCCGACGUCCGAGGCGGCCAAUUUGCCCCCGCACUCGCUGUUUCUGCGCCUGCCUGGCGAGAUCCGCGGCCAGCGCAUCACGGCCUACGAGAACUCCCACUGCGCCAUUCUGCUCCUGGACCACUGCGACAGUGUGUCCCUGCAUGAGUGCGAGCACUGCUUUAUCUUUAUUGGGCCCACAAGCGGCUCCGUCUUCAUGGACCGCUGCCACCACUGCGUCGUCGUGGGCUGCUGUGCCCAGCUGCGCCUGCGUGGGUGUCGGCAGCUGCAGCUCUCCCUCGCCGUCGCCACGAUGCCGGUGCUAGAGGAGAGCACCGGAAUUGGGGUCUGCUCGCUCUCGGGAUGGUUUGUGUAUCCGCUGAUGCCGCUGCACAUGCAGCGCGCCGGACUCUCCGCCUUCAACAACUUCUAUGCGACGGUCCAGGACUUCACGCCGCGGCCGGUCGCGCCGCGCGUGGGACGCGGCUGCAGCGCCUCGGGCAGCAGCAACAACCUUUACUACAUCCACCAGGCGGAGUUCGAGAGGAGCUGCUGGCUGCGGUGGCAGCGGCUGGGCGGCGGCCCAGUGGCGCACGACGACGUGGAGCUGACGCUCGCAGGAGAACACGAAGCCCGCGGGGCCGCGCAGCAGGAGGCUGGGGGACAAGCACUGGCCCCACCCUCCCUUCUUUCCUGUCCACUCGUUCUGCUGCAAAGCAACGAGCAGCUGCCGCGGGCGGCGAGGCAGUCGGGCAACCCCCUGCUGCAGCUGCCGGUGGACAGCGAGGGCCUGCUGGAGAUGUUUCACCACACCGUCGUCGUCCCGUGCACCUUCGGCAGCAACAGGGCACUGCCGCGCGUCGUCAGCGUCGGAAAGUGGGAGCCGCGCCUGUUUGUCGUGAGGACUGCGGGAGGCGGCGGCACAAUUGCGAUGCGCAUCGUGCGCGCGGUCGAGUUGGGCCGUCGUCGGGGCUUCCUCGCCCGCAUGCGGAGUGGCCUCACGCAGGCGAUGGAGAGCGACGACGACGGCGGCGGCGGCGUCGUCGACGGCGACGUGCUGCUGCUGAACACCGUGGAACUGUACUGCACGGAGGCGCUGGUGCGGCGGCAGUUGGCGCCCGUACUGCGAGAGUUGGCGGCAGGCAAUAAAAACGACGCGACUGUGCAAAGAGCGGUCGCGGCGGCGGCGCAGCGGAUGAGCAAACACGCAUGCAUCUUUUUACUCGCGCUCUUGCGGCCUGCCGCGAAAACAGACACAGCGGUUGAGGGGGCACAAGCCAUUUUCGCCUCGUUGGGGGCACCACCUCCACCUCCACCGCCGCCGCCGUCCGCCGUCGCCGCCGCCCUCCGCCUGCGCCACCGGCAACGACAGCAGCAGCCGCGAGGGCAGUCCAUCCCCGCGCCAGCCGCGUGCCUUGGAAGGCGUGGGGGACGUCGCGCGAUGGGAGAAGUCUGUGCUGCUACAUCUGCCGGUCCCUAUGGAGCAGCUAAGUGCCCUGCAGUCUGCCAUUUUUCUGCGUGCAGCGACGACAGGGACAGGCGUUGGCCAUGCCUUUUGACUGAACCACACACGCAUCCGUGCCAUGAUGCGUGUGUGUGUUGUGGCAUGGUCACUUCUGGACCAGUUGGGCGUUGUUGUUGCUUUUUUCCCUUUUUUUUUCCUUUUUUUGGUUACUGGGCGUUUUUUCCUUGUUUCCUUGCCGGACAUCGGUCCGUUAGAGGUGACUGUAUGUACGUGUUUGGCAUUUGUUUCCUGCUGCCGCUGCGACGCUGUUUCUGCUGA